UCACAAAAGGUAGGUUCCAAUUUGUCACAUUCACAUAGUUGCACAAAAUUCAACUCUUCAAACUUAACGCGUUGAACUAUACCCACCAAACACAGCACAACAAAUAAAUGCUAAAUAUUCUAGUACCUCUUCAAUAUUACACCUUCUUCAACAUCAUUUUGUAACACACAUGUUUAUGUUCAUAUAACUUGUUUUCUCACAAACCAUUCCUUAAAAAAAACCAAACCAUGCAACUCCAUAAUCUUUGCAUUGUUUUACCACAAAAUUCAGGUGAAAUAAUGAAAGAACAACCUCCUCAAUCUUCAAAGAAAGAAAAAUCUAAGUUCAAAGUUCCUUCAAGGGCUUGUGGUGGAGGACAACAAGUUCUUGAUUUGCUUCAUGAUUCAUUGAGCAAGUUAUGUAGCUCAAGAUGGGUGGGAGGUGCAAAAAGAAUUUACAAACAUAAGGGGGUGCAAAAAGGAAAAAAGAAAAACUCUUCAAGUAAGGCUGUUUUUCAUGACAUGGAUGGUGUACAAUUUGCUGUCAAGAUAGGAAGAGACAAUCCAAGAAUUUUCAGCUAUGCAGAACUUUUUAUAGGUUCUAAUGGUUUCAAUGAAGAACAAGUUCUAGGAAGUGGAGGCUUUGGAAAAGUGUACAAAGCACUUUUGCCAAGUGAUGGAACUUUGGUUGCUGUGAAAUGUUGUUUAUCAGAGAAAGGUAAACAAUUUGACAAGAGUUUCUUAGCUGAGUUAAACGCCGUGGCCGAUCUUCGACAUAAGAAUCUUGUAAGGUUGAGAGGUUGGUGUGUUCAUGAAGAUCAAUUACAUCUUGUUUAUGAUUACAUGCCUAACCGAAGCCUUGACCGAGUACUUUUUCGUCGGCUGGAGAAUUUAAAGAAUGAGCCACUUGGUUGGGGACAAAGAGGUAAAAUAGUUAAAGGUUUGGCUGCUGCAUUGUAUUAUCUGCAUGAACAGUUAGAGACUCAAAUCAUUCAUAGAGAUGUUAAAACAAGUAAUGUUAUGCUUGAUUCUCAUUACAAUGCUAAGUUAGGUGAUUUCGGCAUGGCAAGGUGGUUAGAACAUGAACUUGAAUAUGAGUUCAAGUACAAGUACAAUUACAGCAGCAACAAUAAGAAGACAUCAAGUAGAAUUGAUCAUUUCAAAUUGGGAGAAACAUCGAGAAUUGGCGGAACGAUUGGUUAUCUUCCACCAGAAAGCUUGCAAAAACCAAGCAACGGAACUUCCAAAUGCGAUGUAUUUAGUUUUGGUAUUGUUGUGCUUGAAAUUGUAUCUGGAAGGAGAGCAAUAGAUCUAUCAUAUUCUGAUGAUAAAAUCAUUUUGAUUGAUUGGAUCAGAAGGCUUUGUGAUGAAGGAAAGCUUCUAGAAGCAGCUGAUACAAGGCUACAAAAAAAUGGAUCAUAUAAUUUUUCUGAGAUGAAGCAUUUCAUUCAUAUAAGUCUUCUUUGCACACUUCAUGAUCCAAAUUUGAGGCCUAAUAUGAAAUGGGUUGUGGAAGCACUUUCUGAUUUAAGUUUCAAACUUCCUUCACUUCCUUCAUUUCUAUCUCAUCCUCUUUAUAUCUCUUUGUCUUCACCUUCUGAAACUACCAAUACUAGUAGCACAAGUGGCACGAUGUCGGCCGCUGAAAAUCUUAGCUUAAUCACAAACUAUAGUUCAUCAAACUAUGUUACAGCUGCAGGUGAAACAGUUUAUGUAACAGCUGAACAGAAAAACAGUGGAAUCAGGUCUUCUAAGAGCAUGAAUCAGAAUCAUUACAAGCCAAAUUUUCCUGUGGUUGAAACUCCAAGAGAAAUUUCAUACAAAGAGAUUGUUUGUGCUACAAGUAACUUCUCCGAGUCGAGAAGGGUAGCAGAACUUGACUUUGGAACUGCUUAUCAUGGAAUCCUCGACGACAAUUGUCAUGUUUUGGUGAAAAGGUUAGGGAUGAAGACAUGUCCUGCGCUGCGGGAUAGAUUCUCAAACGAACUCAGGAAUCUAGGAAAGCUUCGACAUCGGAAUUUGGUUCAGCUUCGCGGAUGGUGCACCGAACAAGGAGAGAUGCUUGUGGUUUAUGAUUACUCGGCUAGCAGAAUUCUCAGUCAACAACUUCAACAAAUUCAUAACAAAAGCAGGAACGAUUAUCGAUGUUCGGUACUCGAAUGGCAGCAUAGGUACAACAUAGUGAAAUCACUUGCUUCUGCAGUUCUUUAUCUACAUGAAGAAUGGGAUGAACAAGUGAUUCACAGAAACAUUACCUCUUCAGCUGUAAUUCUUGAACAAGAUAUGAAUCCAAGACUUAGUAGUUUUGCUCUAGCUGAAUUUUUAUCAAGAAAUGAGCAUGGCCACCAUGUAGUCAAUGAUACUUCCAAAUCAGUUAAAGGGAUUUUCGGUUAUAUGUCACCGGAAUAUGUCGAUUCAGGCGAAGCCACCUCGGCAGCCGAUGUUUAUAGUUUUGGUGUGGUGGUACUUGAAAUUGUUAGUGGAAUGAUGGCGGUGGAUUUCAGGUACCAAGAGGUUCUUUUGGUGAAGAAGGUUCAUGAAUUUGUGAUAAGAAAAAGACCAUUGAAGGAAUUAGCUGAUAUAAGACUCAAUGGAGAGUAUAAAGAGAAAGAAUUGAUAAGAUUGGUAAGAUUAGGAAUUGCAUGCACUAGUUGUGAUCCUCAAUUAAGACCAAGCAUGAGACAAAUUGUGAGCAUUCUUGAUGGAAAUGACAAAUUACUCAACAUGAAGAACAAGGAAAGUAGGGAAGAAUGGAGAGACAGAAAUGCUUGUUCUUUAUCAAUGAUUCGGAGAAUUCAAGCUCUAGGAAUACAGUAAGAAAUUACAGAAGAAAUUGUUAUAAUCAAAUCGAGACUUAAAUUUUUGUAUAACAGUGAAUUCACUUGUGUUUUCAGUUCUUUUUCUGUCUAUGUUCUAUCUACUUUGUUUGAUUAUUAUGUUAUGAUAUGUUGUAUAUAAGUGAAGAUUAAUGUAAUCAGUGUUAUGUUUCUUUCACA